AUGCGUAAACGGCAGCGAGGCGAACGUGCUUUUGAUAUAAACCCCGUGGCCGUUUUAAUCAUUCGCCGGGCUCGUACCGCAAACAAGACGCCGUUUAGAACAGGAAAUCCGCAGGCAGGUAGACAAUUAGGAAGACAAACAUCAAUCAAGGCCACGGGACGCGCGGCGUCUCUGGAUUUACCCACGUCGGGAUUAUUGCCCCGAAUAUUAAGUCCGACCGAACGAUGAUGAUCGUAAUAAUAUUGUAAUGGCCAGAUAAUAAUUUAUAGAUACCAGUAACGAAUUACGGGAAUCCCGGGCCGUGAGUUCGCACAUCUGGUCGCUCGGAUUUCCGGCACCGGUGUUUGACGC